AAACACUUGUUUUUUUUUGCAGCUGCUGAGUUGUCACCGGCUGAAAGUAAUAUUACGACUUGUAAUGAUGUCGGUGACUGCCUAUCAAUAGGCACAGAUUGCAAGGAAAAAUGCGGUUGUGAUAAAGAUAUCCCAACUAGUUUUAAUAAAACGACCCAGGAAUGUACAGUAAACGUACAAUUGUUAAUCCUGUCAUUGAAGGAGAAAUAUAAUACGGAAGCUAAAAUUCGAGCGGAGGCUGAUAGAAUAUUUAACGGCAUUAUAGUUGCCGUCUUUCUUUUCAUUGCGUGUGCCAGCGUCUGCACUUUGACUGCGUGUAUUUAUUGUUGCAGGAUUAAUUACACAGAUUAUCAACUGAAGAAAAGUAUUAAAGUGCUGGCGAAAAAGAUGGGAAAAAAGUCUCAAAUGAAAAAACCCGCCAAGGUCCCCACAGAACAAGUGGCAGAGAGUUGCAAUGUUAUUGUAGAAGAUGCCGGUAUAUUCUGUGUUUAAAAUGAAUAUUGUUUUGCAUUAUUAUGAUUGGAACUACUC